UAUUCAGUCUCUUUAGAAACUUCUCCAGGGGAAAAGUGUUGGGAGAUCUACAAAGUGGAUUUUUUUUUCCUUUUUCUUUUUUUUUUUUUUUUUCUUCCCUCUUUCUCCCUGUUUUUUACCGCUCCUCUGCAGACUUUCCAACCAAACACUUCCAUUUUGCAGAAAACUUCUUUUUUCCUUUUUUUUUUUUUCUUUUUGCCAUUUUUGGGGGCUUUUUCUCUUUCUUCACUUUUUUAAUUUUUUAUUUUUUUUUAUUUUUCAAACCUUGGAAGAGGAAAGCGAGAGGGUUGAACAGAACCGAUCGAAACACCACUUUGCUUCAUACCACGCUUCCCAGCAGCUCGCUGCGUCGGGAGAGACUUCUUCUCCUCCUGCAGAAGAAGGGGGAGGGAAGGGGAGCUUUGCAUCCCCUCUUCCUUCUCCUGCGCUUUUCUUUUCUCCCCCCCCCCCCCCCUCUUGACUGCUUUGAUGCCAUAAGAGCAGGACGCUGGGUUUCAAGGAACUUUGCUCCCUUCCCAACCUGCCUCCUCCCAUCCCUUUGGGUGCGUGUGCUUGUGUGUGUGUGCGGUCCCAUCCCACUCCCCAACCCCUGCAACCUGUAGGCUGCAGCUCCCCGUGCAACCUUCUCUCCCUUUCCCUCCUCCUCCCCUCCCUUUCUCUUUCUGCGCUCCCGCGGAUCGCCGUGCAAUUCCCCAUUUCCAGGCGAAAAAAGAAAGAAAAAGACCCAAAGCAAACGUAGACCCUCUCCCACAGCAAAAAGAAAAGCGGGGAAGCUCUCGCACCCCGAGAAUAACCCUCAGCCUGGGGUGCCCGCAAACAGGGGCUGCGCUUUCAGCCCCUUUUCUUUUUUAAAUUCUCCAGUUUUCUUUUUUUCUUUUUCCUCCCCCCCUCUCGGAGGGGCCAAGCGGGAAGCAGACGUCCCCCGCCCCCGCCGGCGGCAGCCCCGCGCCCCGUCCCGCAGCAUCCAUCCCCCCGCCGCGAUGCUGCUGCGGCUCCUGGUGCUGCUGGGCGCCUGCCCGGGGCUCUCGCGGUGCCUGGGUUCCUUCGUUCAGUGCGAACCGUGCGACGGCAAAGCUCUGUCGCUGUGCCCUCCGCCGCCGCUGGGCUGCGAGCUGGUGAAAGAGCCGGGCUGCGGCUGCUGCCUCACCUGCGCCCUGCCCGCCGGGCAGCCCUGCGGCGUCUACACCGAGCGCUGCGCCCGAGGGCUCCGCUGCCUGCCCCGCCAGGGCGAGGAGAAGCCGCUGCACGCCCUGCUCCACGGCACCGCCGUCUGCCUCAGCGAGAAGAGCUACCGCGAGCAAGCCAAGGCCGAACGGGAAUCCCGUGAGCAUGAGGAGCCGACCACAUCGGAGAUGACGGAGGAGACCUAUCCGCCCAAGGCCUACCGGCCCAAACACGGCCGCCUCUCUGACCUCAAAGCUGAGGCUCUGAAGAAGGACCGCCGGAAGAAGCUGACCUUGGCCAAGUUUGUGGGCAUGGCAGAGAACACAGCACAUCCCCGCGUGGUCAUCCCCGAGCUCCGGCAAGAGUUUGAGCUGGGCCCUUGCCGCAGGCACAUGGAGGCCUCCCUGCAGGAGCUGAAGAGCAGCCAGCGGAUGGUCCCCCGCGCUGUGCAUCUCCCCAACUGCGACCGAAAGGGAUUCUACAAGAGGAAGCAGUGCAAGCCCUCCCGGGGACGGAAGCGUGGGCUGUGUUGGUGUGUGGACAAAUAUGGCAUGAAGCUGCCGGGGACUGACUACCUGAGCGGAGACCUGCAGUGUCACGCAUUCGACAGCAGCAACGUGGAGUGAAGUCGCAUCCCCUCCCUCUGCCCCAUCACCACCCACCCAGGCUCCCUUCCACCCUCCCCUCCGCACCUCCCUCUGCCCCAGGACUCCGAUUCCUUUCAUCUCAUGUAAGAAGAAUAAAAGAGAGGAAAAGAAAAGAGAGAAAGAGAGGAACAGAACAAAAAAGAUAACUAAGGGACAAAG